GAAACCAUCCGCAGUGCAAAUUGGCUCUCUGAAAAAGAAAAAGGAAAGACGUUCUCUGUUUUCUUUCCGUUGCAAUCAUCCCUUCCUUGAGGCGGGGGGCUUUCUCGAUCAGCCGAAGAAUUUUCCGAUCGCCGGUGUUUCCCAUUUUAUUGGGAAACGACCGGAGAAUCCAUACCGGCUGCUAACUUAGGGUUUCUGUGGGUGUUCCUUCCGCCCUUUGUGUCUGGGUUGAAUCCGAUGACUUAUCGCGAGGACGACGAGGCGAUCCCGGAACUGCGAGUGAGAGUCGAAAACGAGGACGACGGAAAAGGGCAUUUCGUGAAAUUGGGAGAAUCGCCACAAGAAGCUGAGCAGGAGGAAGAAGAAGGCGAAGAACAAGGACAGAGGGCUUCUUCGCCAUGUUCUUCUUCAUCCUGUAGACGGAGAAGGUCUGUUUGGUUCUGGGUCAAGCUGGUUCUUCUAUUCGCCUUCUUGGGCAGUUUAACCGUCGCUGUUCUCAAAUGGAUCGCUCCACUGAUCAUGGACAAGGAGCUUAUCCCGAUUAUUCAAUGGGAGAUGAGGACGUUUACACACCCUGUUUGCGGUCUUCUUGUAUUUACAUCUGUGGCAUUGUUUCCUACGAUAUUUCUUCCAUCUUCACCAUCCAUGUGGAUUGCUGGGAUGACAUUUGGCUAUGGCUAUGGGUUUCUACUAAUUAUUUCAUCUGCAGCUAUUGGUGUAUCUCUUCCUUACUUCAUUGGACAUCUCUUCUGCCACAAAAUUCAAGGAUGGAUGGAAAGAUAUCCUGAUAAAGCUGCCAUGUUAAGAGCUGCUGGUGAAGGCAACUGGUUUCACCAGUUUCGAGCUGUAACUCUAAUACGAAUUUCUCCAUUCCCUUACAUUCUUUACAACUACUGUGCCGUGGCAACUCGUGUUAAGUAUGGUCCUUACAUCACGGGUUCCCUCUUGGGCAUGGUUCCUGAGAUCUUCGUCGCAAUUUAUACCGGAAUUCUAAUAAGGACAUUGGCAGAAGCAUCCUCUGCCGAAAAACCCGGCCUUUCUGUAACACAGAUUCUUCUCAACAUUCUGGGUUUUCUGGCAACGGUUGCUACAACGAUUAUCAUCACGAAAUACGCGAAACAACAGCUGGACGGGAUGAAGAAAGAAGAGGAACAACCUCUGUUGCAAUGAAAACGCAACCACCUCUCUGGUUGUGUCUGAAGGCAGAGAGGUCAGUGUCCCAAUCUUUAAAGAACUCCUCUCUUUGUUGUAGUUUUUUGGCCUUUGGAUUCUUCACUUCAGUUUUCUCCACUGAAAAAGGAGGAACGAAAGCUCUAACACGAUUUUUCUUCUGGUUCUUCACUUCUUUCAGCUUUGGUAUUUCUUGUUUGAAAGAAAUGAAAUCUUAUUGUUGCUUUUUGUACAUAUCAAUAUAAUUGUGUACAUAACGAUUACUCGUUUCCAAGGGAAAAAAAAUAUUGGAUCCUUUUUUUUUUUUU